AUGGCAGCGGCAGCGGAGAGAAGAAUUUCAAGAUGGUCCCUUUCCGGCAUGACCGCUCUUGUUACUGGCGGCACUCGUGGAAUUGGGCAAGCGACUGUGGAAGAACUUGCUGAAAUGGGUGCUACUGUGCUCACAUGUUCAAGAAACGAAGUGGAGCUUAAUCAACGUUUGCAAGAAUGGAAUUCAAAGGGAUUUAAAGUGAGUGGUUCUGUGUGUGAUGUUUCUUCUAGAGAACAAAGAACAGAGCUCAUGGAAAAGGUCUCCUCAAUUUUCAAUGGCAAGCUCAACAUUCUUGUAAAUAAUGUUGGGACGAACAUCAGGAAGCCAACUGUUGAUUAUUCUGCUGAGGAAUAUUCUAAUCUGAUGGCUACAAACUUAGAGUCUUCUUACCAUCUUUGCCAACUUGCUUAUUAUCUUCUUAAAGCUUCCGGCAAUGGAAGGGUUGUGUUCAUUUCCUCUGUCGCUGGUGCAAUGAAUCAACUUACAAAGAAUUUGGCUUGUGAAUGGGCAAAAGACGGCAUUCGUGUCAAUUGCGUUGCACCGUGGUAUAUCAGAACCUCUCUUGUGGAACAUUUGCUUGAAAACAAAGAGUUUUUGGAUAAGGUUAUCUCUCGAACUCCCCUUGGACGCCCUGGAGAACCCCACGAAGUCUCAUCCUUGGUAGGUUUCCUUUGUCUCCCAACUGCAUCGUACAUUACUGGUCAGGUUAUUGCUGUUGAUGGAGGAAUGACCGUAAACGGGUUUCCCUAG